UUGGUUGGCGAGUCGAGCGCCGUGCUAACGUAAUAAGAGAUUAGUUUGUGCAAGUCACAAUACGUGUUUUGCACAAAUCCGGAACAUAUCCGUCGGAAUACAUUUCCUGGCCUAUAGCAUGUUUUAAUCGUUCUCGUGUGUGUAGGAUGUGCCCUUGUGCCAGAUAAGGACAGAAUUUAAAGCUCUAAUUUGAUUCACCUCCUCGUCACCUUUUGCAGCAGACAUGGUAGAGCCAACAACACACAACUUCGCAUCCUUAAAGGAGGAGCUGGGCUUCUGGAAGGAGCAGGCAGAGAGACACCAGCAGAGGGCUGAGGAGUCUCAGGAAGAGCUGCAGGAAUUCCAGCAGAUGAGUCGAGACUAUGAAGCAGAACUGGAAGCGGAGCUGAAGCAGUGUGAGGGUCGAAAUAAAGAGCUGCUGCUAGACAACAACCGACUUCGCAUGGAACUGGAAAACAUAAAGGAAAAAUUUGAAGCCCAGCAUUCUGAUGCUUUGAGGCACAUCUCAACCCUGGAGGAAGACCUGGCACAGACCACAGCAGUUAAAGAUCACCUGCAGAAGUAUAUCAGAGAGUUAGAGCAGUCCAAUGAUGACCUGGAGAGAACCAAAAGGGCUACCAUCAUGUCUCUGGAGGACUUUGAGCAGCGGAUGAACCAGGUCAUUGAGAGGAAUGCCUUUCUUGAAAGUGAGCUGGAUGAGAAAGAGAAUCUGCUUGAGUCUGUUCAGAGGCUCAAGGACGAAGCUAGAGACCUUCGCCAGGAGCUGGCUGUGCGGCAGAAGGAGAGACGACCAUCCAGCAGUCUGGGCAAAGACACUGAUCGACCAGAUCUGCCGUGUCCAUCAGCUGGAAACCCAUCCAUCCCUGUCACACCCUCCAAACCUAUCAGCUCAUAUGCCACGCCUCCAGCAUCCAGCAUUCGACGAGGUGAUGGUCUAACAGGGACCCCCCUCACUACAUCUGCUAGAAUAUCUGCUCUCAACAUUGUGGGAGAGCUGCUAAGAAAAGUUGGGAAUUUGGAGUCAAAGUUGGCAUCCUGUCGAGACUUUGUAUAUGACACGUCUGUCCCCAGACCAGCACUUCCAGCUGGGCCUGGUAGUCCUGCAGGUUUAGAAGCAGGCAAUGAGGCCCAAGCUACCAGCUUGAGUCCUCCGCCACAGUACGACAGUUUAGUGAAGCGGUUAGAGUUUGGACCAGCUCCUCCAAGAGGGGUCUCCCAGGGGGCUCAGUCUCCACAGGGAGGUGUCAAGAUCCUGCUAUGAGAGAAUAAAAUGGUGAGCUACCUUCCCUCAACCCUCCUCACCAUCUCGGUAAACUACAGCAAUGGGACUUUGAACUGAGCUGUCUUCCCCUGUCAACAUGUGCCCUGCUGAACUGUUGGAACGAGAAAGCAGAAUGUCUCCGUCCAUCAGUGCGUGGACUUCUGCCUCUGGCUGGUAUCACACCACAUCACAGGAAGAAGCCCUGCAGCUCGGGUAAAAUCAAGGAACACAGAAACUACCACUCACAUUAUACCAUCCAUUGUAUGCUGUGGUUAGCUUCUAAAAAAACACAAAAAAAACCAGCUUGUGAUGAUGGACUGUCUGUCUACUGCUUUCUGUGAUGGAUCAAACACAGCAGGGCUUUAGAAACAUUACUGCUCCCCCAAAACUCAUUUGGUGUAGUUGCUGCACUUGCCCAAUAAUUACAACUCAAAUAAGGGCCAGUCACAUUAAUUGCAGGCACUGGAAAGUGACCCUGGUGUGGGGACCAAAAACCUGGAGCGUUCAUUGAUGAAAAGGAUCAAACAAGCAGACAUUGUAUUCAUGUCCAAGUCCGAACCAAAGCUGUGAUAAAUGGAAAAACUUACACAAAAGCACUGGGUUAGGUUUUCUCUGUUAAAAAAUAGUUACUGCUCAAUGUUUUGUUGUUCUUUGAACUUGAAAUAAUCUUGUACCGAACAAGAUAGAUUGAUAUUGUCGGCUAAGAAGAUGGCAAAAAUAGUUUUUCUUGAUGAGACCCCAGACUGAUUAAAUGCAGAGAAUAAAUUAGUUGCUGUCAUGAUUUGGUAUUUCAGCCUUCGCUGCCUUUAUUAACGCUAUUCCCUCUUCAGUUUAUGGGGCUUGCUUUGCUGUGAUUCCAUUAACAAACCUAAUAGUGAAAAUCCUGAAAUGGAUUAUCAAUCUCUUCCGGUGUCUGAACAUUUUGAAAUGAGGGAAUUCUGCUUUCCUUUGGGGUAGUUUAAACGAUCUCAUUUGGUAACUUUUUCCAAUUAAUUUUGACCCAGGUCAUGUCUAUCACCUCCUUUCUGCCAUUGCACAGACUUGUUUUUAUCAGACCAAUUAUUUUCUGUUAUGCAGGGCUUAUAAAUGUGAAGAAUAGCUAUAGGUGUUGCAGAUUUAUGAUCUAGUGUUACCAAUAACCUUUUGUUUCUAACUUUAGUUGACUGUAGACUUUAGUUGGGCACAUGUGCACUUCUGAAUGUAUAGGAAUACUUCUCGUAUGGAUCUGGGACGACAUUUCUGCCAUCAGAGUUUAUAUGGUGGUCAUAUAGUAAAAGCAAUAAUAGAGUUUAACAGGUCAAAGAUAAGCACAGUUCAUAGUAUAUUUGUGUAGGUAUAUAGAGCCUAUAUUGAAUACCCUUUAAACUGCCUCUUAGUGAGAAAAUGUGUUGAAAUGGGAAACUGAGUGAUGAACAGUUUUAAUGUGAUAUCUAUACUUAUCCUGAAAUGUUUCUGGUUAAAUCUGAUGUUGUCACUACUGCCAUCCAGCAGCUCAUUAGGCAAAUAUUACAGUUGCAUAUCUAAAUAUCACUUUUAUGCAGUAGUCAUCACUCUAUACUGCACUGUAGCCUGUGUGUAGGAAUGUAACCUGAGAACUGGAGUUCCUGCUCCUCUUUGCUAUUUAACCCUCUUUGGAUUAACAUGAGCUAACUGUAAUUGUAAUCCUUGACCACUGUGUUCUGGCUGUUUGUAUGCAGCGCCUCUUACAACUGCUUCUGUAUGUUGACUUCAAACUGUAUGUGCCUGAGGUACUUUACCCAUCUGUUAUCCUGCUGGUUUGCAGUUGGUUUUCUAUUGAGCUGAGAAUAAUGUUAUGUUGUGCUGAAUCAGUUACUGACCAAGACGGAAACAUUAAAAGGAGAAAAUCAGA